CUGUUGCUCUUGGUUGUUCAGUACAUAUUAUUUCCCAGCCAUGUAUGUGUAUGGAUAUUUACAGUUUAUUGAAAUAUAUUAAUUUCACAAUGUUCACACAAAUCACCGCUUUGGAAGUCAUUAUGCAUUUUGUGUUUAAAUCAGUCCAAUGAUGGUUUUUACAUUGACAAACAGAUUUCUAAAUACACAUUUUACCAUUCACAGCCGUUUGAAAUGGAGGUGGGCAUGUAAACAUAAUGGGUGAACCACAGUAACUAGGCAGUAAUUUACCCAUGCCUUUACUGCUCAUUUUAUCCACACCAUGCUACCCCAGUGGUUAAAUUACGGGUAAAAUCAUAUCUGGCAACACGUGGUUCAGGGCAUUCGAGACUCAAAACACGGGUAGUAUCUUAUGCAUAAAAAUGUUCCGGUUUUUAGGACACUGCAACAUAUUCUUUAUAAUUGUAUGCCAAGCUCGGUUGUUUAAUGUCGGGGUGUCUUCUUUACUAAAAUAAUUUACUAUACUAAAUAAUAUGGAACUAUUGCUAGUGCGGCCUUCUUGUGCAUAAUUUAACACGCACCAAAAUAAGUAGAGGCGGAAACCUACUGGAAGUUUUGUCAUUUCCUGUCUUUUCAAAAUAAAGCAAGCGACAUUGUUGAAUGACGUUUCUUAGCAUGCCUUUUCGAGUUUUGCCGGUCAUUUGAGGUUUCUGUUUUAACAAUGUACAGUGAAAUUUAUUUUCGUAUUCUGAGCAAUUCGAAUGUAACUUUGCCAAUAUAUUUAUUAAAUUUGGGGGAAAAAAGAAAGGAGAUAGUUGCAUGUAGUCACGUGAUGUGUGUACGUCCCACGUAAACCUGAAGGAAGAUGGCGGGACCCGGAGGAGAGACUUCAUCUCACACUGUGUCGGAUGAAUUAUUUCAAAACUUUUACACGGAGGUGAAGCAGAUUGAGAAGAGAGAUUCUGUGUUAACCUCCAAGCAGCAGAUAGACAGAUUGCUCAGACCUGGCUCGUCCUACUUCAAUCUCAAUCCCUUUGAGGUGCUGCAAAUUGAUCCAGAUGCAACAGAUGAUGAAUUGAAGAAGAGAUUUCGGGCGUUGUCGAUUUUGGUCCAUCCAGACAAAAAUCAGGAUGAUCCAGACAGAGCACAGAAAGCCUUUGAAGCUGUGGACAAAGCAUACAAACUCCUACUGGAUCCUGAACAGAAGAAGAGAGCCUUAGAUGUGAUCCAUGCAGGAAAGGAAUAUGUAGAGCAUAUGGUGAAGGAGAAAAAGAAACAGUUGAAGAAAGAAGGAAAGGCACUGGAUAUGGAGGAGGAUGACCCUGAAUUGUUCAAGCAAGCAGUGUACAAACAAACCAUGAAGCUGUUCGCAGAGCUUGAAAUCAAGAGGAAGGAAAGGGAAGCAAAGGAAAUGCAUGAAAGGAAAAGGGCAAGAGAGGAAGAAAUUGAGGCAGCAGAGAAAGCAAAGCGUGAGAGAGAAUGGCAGAAAAACUUUGAGGAAACACGAGACGGGCGUGUGGACAGCUGGAGGAACUUCCAGGCCAAAGGCAAGAGCAAGGAGAAGAAGAACAGGACCUUCCUCAAGCCACCGAAAGUCAAGAUGGAACAGAGGGAAUGAGCCUAUAAAACUGGACUUCACCAGGUUGAAACCCACUGCUAUGAAAACACUCAAUUCUGUGUAUCCUCACCUCGUCGUCUGCAGUCAGCUGUGCAGUUGUCAUCGCCGUCAUCAGGGUACCUGUUGUUAUAAGACAACUUCCUCACACUGACAGUUUUGUACUUUAUUUUCUAAUGUACAUAGUUUUGAUCAGUACCCAGAGAUCAUACCUGCUUCACAUAAGAGGAAAUGCAUCUUCCUGUUGUGUAACUGACUAGAAAAAUGUAAUGGUUUGGCGUUGUUUUUUUUUUGUUUUUUUUAACUAAAUAAAGCUUGCUCUUGACAAGACUACCUUACUUUGGUGUACAGAGUCGGCAGUGUUGCAGAGGCUAUCAGGUAUGUGGUAUUGUUACUAUUGGGGAUCUGGUUGUAAUUACAGUUAACUUUGCAAGCCAAUAUAAUGUUGAUGAAAUUUACACACAGUAUCUUGAAAUAUGCUCUUAGAUCUGAAGAAUAAACCAUAUUUCAGUUCAAUAGUACAAAAUUCACAUUAGUUCUGCAUGUUAUAAAUAUAUUCACAGAGAUGCUGUCAACAAACACCUGGCUGGUGUUUGUUACAGAUGACUUCCUAUUUAUGAUGUUCUGGAAAAAUUGAAUAAAAUUCCUUUACCUGCUUAGUUCUGCUUUGGAUUGAUUACACAAAAUGAGCUGAAAUCAGCUCUGGAGUGUGAACACUGGGUAAGUUAAUCAGUAGCAUCAAUCCAACAUAUUAAUUUAACAGUAUUUCAUAAAAAUAGACAAUAGAAGUUGUUCAAAGAGUGAUGCAUUGCAAAACAAUUGUGAAAGAAUCCUGAACAACCAAUGCUGUAUUUCCUGAUGAAUUAAACAAGGGAAAUAAAGACAAAUCCAAACAAGAAUACCUUUCUUCCAAGGAGUGACC